AGCUCCACAACGUCACAGUAAUACUACUACUGUACUGCAACGAUGUUUGCUGUUCCAGGCUGGUCAGUCUCUUCGAGCAAUCUGAAGACACAGACUGCACAACCAGUAAAGGCGACGACGAAUAGCACAGCACCUCCAAAAAAUGAGGGCACCGAAGAAGCAGCGCGGCCCAGCAAGAAGCGGAAACGAAGCGGUAGCAAGUCCAAGGCUGUUGAUGUGAACCCUGCGAACUUGGCAGAUCUGUGGGAAACAGUGAUUGAAGGGAAGCCAAAAGAGACGAAGGAUUCCAAGUCGGCCCAGGAAAAGUCGAAAUCAAAGAGCAAGGAGCAUGGCGAGAAGCAAUUGGCGACGCCCGAAGAAGAUGGAGCGUCUGGAGACGCAGACACAGCUCAGGGUGCAGAGGGGGAGGCCGAACCCAAGAAAGUAUUCAAGAAGGCAAAGACAUUGAAGGAGAAAAAGCGGGAGAAGAAGGCAGCUUUAAAGCAAUUGAAAGAUUCUUCCACAGACGGUUCUUCCACAAACACUAAAACUACAAACCCUCCUCCAGAUAACGAUGCGAAGCCUCCACCGCUGCCCACGCCCACCGCAAAACUAACUCCACUACAAGCUUCCAUGCGCCAAAAGCUCAUAUCUGCCCGUUUCCGUCACCUCAACCAGACCCUAUACACCACGCCCUCUGCCCACUCCCUGGAGCUCUUCCAGCAGAACCCAGAGAUGUUCCAAGAGUACCACGAGGGAUUCCGGCGCCAGGUCGAAGUCUGGCCCGAGAACCCCGUCGACGGGUAUAUCCAGCAGAUCAGAACGCGCGGAAAGCAACGCGGUCCCAAUCGGGGCGCCGGCGCCCCUGACGGCAAAGACUCCGCGGUGUCACCUCUCCCACGCACCGAAGGCACCUGCCGCAUCGCGGAUCUCGGCUGUGGGGACGCUGCGCUGGCUCAAGGCCUCCAGAAAGAUAGCAAAGCGCUGAAGUUGCGAAUUCACAGCUUCGACCUGCAGAACCCCAGCCCGCUGGUGACACGGGCUGACAUUGCGAACCUCCCUCUCGAGGACGCAAGCAUCGACGUGGCCAUAUUCUGCCUGGCGCUCAUGGGCACUAACUGGAUCGACUUCAUCGAGGAGGCCUUCCGCGUGCUGCGCUGGAAGGGCGAGCUCUGGGUCGCGGAGAUCAAGUCACGCUUCGGGCGCGUGGGCGGCGGCAAGCAGAAGCGAGUCGAGCACUCGGUGGGCAACCGGACGAAGAACGAUAAGAAGGCUCUGAAGAAGCAGGAGGAGGAAUUCGAUGAAAAGGAUUUGGAAGUCGAGGUUGACGGGCAGGAAGAUAGCAAGCAGGAGACGGACGUCAGUGCAUUCGUGGAAGUCUUGCGCAAGAGGGGCUUUGUGCUGCAGGGAGAUCCGGAUUUGAGGAAUAAGAUGUUCGUGAAGAUGCGUUUUGUCAAGGGGCUGACGCCCACAAAGGGGAAGGGCGUGCCGGCUCCAAAGAGCACGGCGGACACGGGCACCGAGACGUGGAAGAAGAAGCCGAAGGGGAAGUUUAUUGAUGAGGAGGUCCCGGUUGCGGACGAGGCGUCGGUCCUAAAGCCUUGUGUCUACAAACUAAGAUAGGCGUGCUCGAGCAGCACUAUGAGCAAGAUUCGUGUUGUCAACAAGAUAAUAGAUAGUGGGCUACGAGUUGAUAAGGGAUUCAUAGCAGGAAUAGCAAGCAAGGCGUGGGGUCACUUUUACACCAGAUAAUAGACAAGUUCAACGUCGUUCUUGUCUUAUGCUUCCUCAUUCAUUCAUCACGACCUGUAGUGAUUUCAUGACCG